AUGCAUCAUAUGCACGCCUUCCUGCUUCCUGCAGUGGCAGCACUGUCCCUGCUUGCUGCCCUGAGCGGCGGCGGCCAAGCCCAAGCCGUGCGUAUCAGACAUGUUUACUUCAACCUGGCCACCCAACCAUACACACACCUCUACACGCAGUUAGAGACGCUGCUCAAGGCGCCAAGCAACCCACCGUACCACCCAAGAGACAUCGACGGUAGAUACGUCCUGGGCCCACGUCGAAGCGUUUUCAAGGCCGCGCCCCUUGGAUGGAUCAUGCUGCACGUCACCGCGGGGCCGGAGCGGGGCCCAGCAAACAGUGCCACGCUUGCCUUGGCUGAGGACGACUUAUAUCUAUUCGGUUUUGCUAAUGGCACUAACCAAUGGUACUUCCUCGAGAAUUUCGCAUCAGGUGUACAGGGCGCCACUACCCUCCCGUUCUCGUUGAACUACGGAGAUAUCAUCGAUGGUGGCCACAAAUCACUCUGGAAGGUACCUCUCGGCAAAGGUUCCGCCGUAUACGCCGCAACGACAAUGGCGACGUACGACCGUGCCAGAAGCCCGACACCCCAAAUCAAGGAUGCUUUUGCCAGGUCUAUUGUCAUGUACAGCGAGGCCAUCAGAUUCAAGCCCAUCCGGAUGGCGUUCAGCAACGGGGACCGGUGGGAGCACCGCACCUACAUCUCCGACAUCCAGGCCACAUGGAUAGCCCAUUGGGGCCAGAUGUCCACGCUCCUCAUCGCCUGGGAACGAAGCGGACGACAAAAAUGGGGUGCUCCUCCAUUCGAUCUCAUUGCCGAAUCAGUGCGCGAAGAUAUACAUGUCGGAAACCCGGCCGAAGCUUUGGUUAAACUUGACUUCAUCCUUCGCCCAACAUCCAAGGAUCUACCUACGUUACUAAAUACUACUACUACUACUACAUACCAUGCAUAUAUGUACAAUCCGAACGACUGA